AUGCGCAUCAUCAUCAUUGGCCUAGUCGGCCUAGUCGGGCUGGUCUCCUCCACUCCCUCACUCUACACACCGGGUCCCGUUGCCUCCAACGCCUACCUAGGUUCUGCUCUGGCUACCGCCGGUGACAUUGUUGUCUGCCAGGAUACCCUCGAUGCUCGUGCUUGCAACACUAUCCACGCUCAAGGCACCUGCGCCACGCUCCCUACUAGCGUCUCCCACAAGGUCCGCAACAUCUACCAAGCAAAGGGUAGCGUGUGCAAGUACUUUGACAAGGACUGCUCUGCGCAUGAGCCCGUGGUCAGCAUCAAUAGCAAUGACCGAAGCCUAUGGCUGAAUCUCGCACCAGGGAUUGGCGAUAGGAUUGGGCUUGUACUUUGUCGCAAUGACUGGCCCAAGGCUGACUCUCCCGGGGGAAAUAGAGGGUAUCCUUUCUGUUAUUGGGAGGGAACGAAGAACAAGUAUAUUUGUAAAGAAUAUCCUGGUUGCCAUCUUAAUCACGAUAAAAGCGAGUACAUCUGUCCCGGUAUUACUAGUCCCGAUCCUCAAGCCAGCAACGACACUAUCGUGGCACAAAAUCCUGGCUGCCACUUCAAUGUAAAGAACGAGUAUGUCUGCGCCAAAGAGACCUCAGCCAAUGACAGCGAUGACAGCCAACAUGACCCGACUUCUGUCCGGCUCUGCAACAAGCAAGACUGCCUCAACGUCGACGCCAAAACUAGCCCUGUACUACCCAAUCAGUAUUUCCACCAGACCCAGUACCUCAUCCAGCACAAAGGUUCAGUAUGCUGGUUCUACGAAAAGGACUGCUCCGUUACCGAAAGCCCCAUCUUCGGUCAAGUAGCCAGGGACUCAGAUCUCAAAUUAUACGGACCCGCUGUUGCCCUGUUCGGUGCAAUCCGAUGUGAGUCGCUGACUCGCGAGCGCCGUCACCGUCAACGCUCCGUCAUGGAGUCCCGUAGGGUAACAUCUGCACCCGAACCCCUCGCCAUCACUGCCACACCCUCAGACGCCUCUGCCAGCUCUGUCUCACCCCCUGGCAACCCCACCACAAUCAAGUUCUGCAAUGUGCAAGGCAGCGGAUCAGCCUGCGUGUGGCUACCUGCUCCUGACAAGUGCACGCUUUUCCCCGAGGACUGGGUGCUCAAGGCGCUCACGGUCCAUCAGGAGAAGGGUAGUAUUUGUAAAUACUACCUUGAUGACUGCAAUGGCCUGGUCAUGCAUGAGUUUGCUACACGGGAUACCGGUUUUACGUUCGGUGGGCCUGGUCUCAUUGCUUGGGGUGCGGUUUCGUGCAGCGUACUCUGA